AUGGUGCGCGUGCAGGGGCUCGGCUGGCUGCUCCUGAGCGCGCUGCUCUACCCCGUGGCGCCCUGGGGCGCGCGGCCGGCCGGCAGACCCAGGCAGUGCGACCCCCCGAAGGCGCAAAGCGACAUGAAUUCUUUCCUGUGGAAAGUGAAGCGCGCACCGCCACAUCCUCCUUCCUACCUGUAUGGCACCAUCCAUGUGCCCUACACCCGAGUAUGGGAUUUCAUCCCCAAUGUCUCCAAGCGGGCAUUCCACAGCAGCCACAAUGUUUUCUUCGAGUUGGACUUGACCGACCCGCUCACCGUCUCCAAGCUGACCAGCUGCCAGCUGCUUCCCCACGGGGAGAACUUGCAAACCCUACUACCUCGAGACUUGUACCGCCGCCUCAAACGCCACUUGGACUACGUCAAGCACAUGAUGCCAUACUGGAUGACGGCCGACCAGCGCGGCCGUGGCCUCUACGCAGACUACUUGUUCAACGCCAUUGCGGGAAACUGGGAGCGGAAGAGGCCGGUGUGGGUGAUGCUGAUGGUCAACUCUCUGACCGAGUGGGACGUGCGGUCCAGAGGGACGCCGGUAUUGGACUUGUUUUUGGCUCAGGAGGCCGAGAGGAUGGGGAAAACCACUGGGGCGGUGGAGCGGGUGGAGGAGCAGUGUCACCCCCUCAAUGGCCUAAACUUCUCUCAGGUGCUGUUCGCCUUAAACCAAACCCUGCUGCAGCAUGAGGGUGUCCGAGCGGGCAGUCUGCAGGGCUCUUACACCACUGAGGACCUCAUCACACAUUACAAUUGUGGGGACCUAAGCUCCAUCAUCUUUAACCAUGACAACUCACAGUUGCCCCACUUCAUCAACAGCUCUCUGCCAGCUCACGAGCGCAACACGGCCCUGCAGAUCGACAGCUACUUCCGCCAGGAACUCAUCUACAAGCGGAACGAGCGCAUGGCCCGCCGCGUAUCGGCUCUUCUGCAGAGAAAUCCUAACCAGACCUACUUUUUCGCCUUUGGUGCAGGUCACUUCCUGGGAAACCGCAGCGUGCUGGAAAUCCUCCGACAAGACGGCUAUGUGAUCGAUCACGUGACACCUGAUGACCAGCAGCUUGUGACACGUAAACCGGAUAUUGACCCAACCAUCAGCACAAGUGUGGCUCCUUAUGCCAGUUGGGCAACCACUUUGAGCGAGAUGGAGCUGGAGGAGCCGAGUAGCGUGCCUGACACCAGCGAGGAGGAGCUGCCUCACAUCCUGCAGCCAGACAGCCUGAGCCAGCUGGAAGAGUUCGGACGGCAAAAGCGCCCACGAAAGGCUCAUCGCGGCCAUGGACGGCCCCGGCUCUUCAGUGACCUCUGGGUUCGCUUCGAAGAUGGCACUGCUCCUCCGCCUAAUGUAAGAAUCAUUAAUGGUUACGUGACAGUGGAGCCACCGCUCAUCCACCCAGAAGACGACAGCACGGAUGAAUACCCAAGUCCAGUCUCCUUAACGCCGCCAAGCCAGACGUCAGCACAGCCUCCUUCGUCAGCCUGCAGCGUGUCCGUGCUAACGUGCGCUUUAGCCUGGCUGCUGAUGUACACGGUGCUGAACUCCUGA